GGUAAUGAUUUGCUAAUAUAAUUUGACCUGGAGGGUUUAUAUACCUUCAUGAACUUUCACCACCUUCUUCAUAUUUACUUAUUUAUAAUGGGACUUUCUAAGGCAUUAACUCAGUUACUUUCUUAUUGGUCUGUUAGUGCAAAUGGUCAGUGAGAUGUUUAUGGCCUAUGAGGCUAAGAAGACUUUGGGAACAUUUCCUUUUUGCUUUUUUUUGCAGCACAGAUUUUCAGUCUGUGUCGGUACAGUUCCUCUUUGGUUCUUUCAUUUGUUUGUUACCUUGAUAUGCUGAUUAAGUGUGAGCAAAGAUUAAGCAAAUUGGCAGUGAUGUUGCAUGUCCCAAAAUAGCCCUCGAACGCUGCUGAGAGGCUUUGACCAGCACUUGGGGAAUAACGGAUGCACCCUUUCUGUUGUUUUAGUCUUCAUAAUUAAGGUGAAAUGUGAGUUAUACGCCACCGCCACUCAAUAUGAGCAACACACCCAUCCAGGAGCCACCUGCCCAGGAACUGUCCUCUGGCAGCGGGCAGACAUUACCCUCCCGACCCUUCCAGCCAAUCCCUGAUCCCUCAGCUUCUAGAAGAGUAUGCUUCUACAAAAGCGGUGACUAUAAAUUCAGUGGGCACCGCAUGGUCAUCAAUGCCCGCACCUUCAAGACAUUUGAUGCUCUACUGGAUGCUCUGUCCAAGAAAGUGCCUCUGCCGUUUGGAGUGAGGACCAUCACCACACCUCGCGGGACCCACCUGGUUAAGGCUUUAGAUGACCUCCAAGAUGGGGGAUCAUAUGUGUGUUCUGAUCAGAAACGGGUGAAGCCGUUAAACCUGGAUGAAGUGAACCGGCGGCAGGUACCGUGGAACACCGCCAGGCCCUUCAGUGCAGGGCGACGAAAGCGGCUAGGACUCCAGUCUAGCAGAAGGAAUGAAGUCACCAACAGGCCAGCAAAGGUCACUGAGAGGGUGGCAGUACGGACACCAAAGAAACUUGUGGUCAUCAAGAAUAGGGAUCCUACUGUUAGACAUACAAUUGUGUUGCAGAAAAGAACAGCGCCAACUUUUGAUGCUUUACUGGAUUACCUUUCCCAGAUUCUGCAGUUCCCAGUGCUGAAACUCUUCUCUACAGAUGGCAGAAGAGUUGAUGGUCUUGCAGCACUCAUCCUGUGCUCUGGAGUUGUUGUGGCUGCCGGCAACGAGUCAUUCAGAUUAGGCAACUAUAGUUUUCACAGAAGCGGGCAGAUGGCACAAGUAAUGUACGUGGAAUCUGCGGAACCAUCUAUGUUGCAGCCCAGAGUUCACAACAAAUCUUUCUCGAGUGGAAGAGGCUCAAGGAAUUUUUCCUUAUCAUCAGAGAGAUAUAUUGCAGACCAGAUUAACAAGUCUCGAAAUGGAAGCAUAACCAGCCGACUGCAUCACACCAACGAAUCCUUUGAAACAGAGGUCAACCAUCGUCACACACCCAUGGAGACACGUAGAGCUGGGAGGGUAGACAGCGAGCUUCAUACUUGCAUUGUACCUCAGGACGAUGACAUUGAAAAAUCUUUCCGUGUGAAUCAAGAUGGCAGCAUGACGGUGGAGAUGAAAGUUCAUCUCACCAUUAAAGAGGAGGAGAUGCUCCACUGGACUACCACACUCAGCCGCUCCAGCCUUAGCAAGGGGACAGUUUGUGCCUCGAUUUCUGAGUCAGGCAAUAGCUCACCUGACUCAAACAAUGCUGUUGCCAAAGACUCUUCUAGCAUCAGUGAAGAUGAAGCAAAAGAGGAGAACCAUCCCGCUGGAGCUGGAAAGGGUGUCGGCUUUAACGACGAGCGAGUGUAUGAGGGCUACAAUUCCACGGCCUUGGGAAAAGCAAAAAUAGGUCUCAAACGCACUCCUACGCCGGGUCCUCGGCAUGUUAAUAAGAAAGCGUCUGUUGAGAGUGUGAAGACGGUGACAGAGUCGGGGGUUCAAGAGAGCACCCUAGGACAUUAUUCCUACAUGGAAAGGACGGCUGACGGUGAGACAAAUCAAGGUUACUGCGUUGUCAGACACAGCAGCAGCAGCAACAAGCCGAUCCCAAAACCUCGGAAAACGACAUCUGCAGGGGCAAGUAAGAAAAGCUCCCACUCCUCCAUGAGGUCGUCAGGAGUAGCUGAGGUCCUCCAGAUACAGAAUAACGGGAUGGAGGUUACAGAGACUGUGAUGCAUAUUUAUGAGAGUCAAGGCUGCUAUGACAACUAUUUUGCAAAUGAGGAUUAUAGCGCAGAUGGUGUACCUUUGCAAGGUUCUACUCCAGUGCAAGAAAGCAGACCAUCCAGUGUCUCAGAGCCACAUUCAUCCAGUUAUGAUUGCGAUAUAGAUUUUUCCACUACUGACUCCCUACAAAGACAGAAAGAGGAGAUGUUAUCAUUGUCAUCAGAGCCUCUAGCUUCAACAAAGGAGAUUACAAACAAUUUGUCUUCAGUGACUGAGAACAAGGCCAUAACUCCAAAAAACUCUCAAAUACAGGGGACAGUAAAAAAAGGCAAAACUCCUAAAAGUGAGAAGAAGGAAAAGACAAUCAACCCUGCUAGGAAACAGAAGAGUUCAACUUCAACAAGCAGCUCAGAUAAAAAGCAAAAGGAACGCAUAAUAACCCCGUCAAAACAUAGCAAACAUUCAUCUGCAGACAAGCUCAGCAGCAAUGCUAGUGUGGGAAAAAAGAGUUUGAGUUCACCAGAAAGUGAUAAAAGUGGUCAAAAGAGUAGAGGAGCAGAAAAGACUCAAAUUAAGAAAGUGAGUAGUGAUGAAAAGACACCCAGGAAAGAGCAGGCCUUAUUAGCUAACCCUGAAAAGUUGAGAAAGACCCCACCUCAGAGAAAAAACACAAAUAAAGCAGCUGCUAAAGAUAAUGGCCAUAAUGUAAAUACUCCAACUGGAAGGCCUCAAAUGAGGAAGAACAUGUUAGACAUUUUACAACCCAAAGAAACACUCUUGCCAGGCAAAAAGACAAUUCGCAAGCCAAAAUCCAUGAUUGAAAACAAGAUAUCAUCACCUAUUAAGUCUUUAGAGUUGAAUGAGAGUUUUUCUAUGCCUUCUCUCAAUCCUUCACCCUCUGAAAUCCACCAAUAUGUUGAGAACUGGUUGGAGAAAGCCAGCCCAGACCCGGUGCCAUACACUGAGGAGGCCAUCUUAGAUCAGCCAGAGCCUCAGCCAAAGGUUGUGUUUAAGAUAGGCGGUGAUUCUGAAUCAGAUGAAAAGAGUGAAUGCCACAAUAAUCUAGAUGAGUAUUAUCCAUCGCCUGGUGAUGUUCAAGAAAUCAAGAAAUCAUCUUCUUGUCUUUCAGUACCUCUUUGUCAUGCAGCGCCAGCUACAGGUCUGCUGCAAAAUGAAAGGAAUGUGAGAGGUUUAUGUGUUUCAAUGCCGAGUGUCAGAGUCAAUCCUGCACACAAGGAGAACAGACUGAGGGCACACAAAUCUGCAGAGGCCAUCGGUCCAGCUGACGAUGAAUCAUCUACAUCUAAUGUUUUAAGUCCCAAAACAAAGAUAAAACCUGUCCUGCGUCAACUUUGUUCAUCGAUUCAGUGCAUCAGAAGGGCGUCUGACACCAACACAACAUCCAAUCUUGAGAAGUCCAACAGCCUUCCUGAUUUCCAAACGCAAGUGGCUUCAGUGUUUGGCUCGUCAUGUAAAGCAUUCAUGUCAUUUUUAUCAGUGAUGACUCUGCGAGAUAACCUAAUAGGAUCCCCAUCAGGAGAUGGCAACCAAUCAGGUAGCACCUCUGAGGCCAUGCUAAUGAUGGAAUCCCUGCAAAAAAUUUCUGUCAUCGAUGACGAGGAAGAGCAGAGGUCAAGUUUGACUGAUCUGCAAAGCAGAGCAUCUUCUCAAUUCAGAGAACGCUGGAAGGAUUUCCAGAUUCUGAGGGAAAGGCUUGAGAGUGAACCUCUGUCUCCUAAAGUUUCAGAAACAGAGUUUGCCCUUGAUGUUGUCUCCGAAGGGGGUGAUGUUUUUGAGGAUCAGGUUAUUGACGAGCUGAUGGAGGAACUGAAUAUGCCACCAGACCUCAGAGAACAAAUUUCUUCAACAAUCCAACAAGCUAAAAGUUUCUACCCUGUAGAGGAGAGCACUUUUCUAGAAACAGAAAGAAACCAGUCGGACACAGAGGAAGAUGUGGAAAAAUUUGUUGGAGAAUGUGACGAUAAAACAAAACAAUCAGACGAGCCUGAGGACAUUACUCAGACAACACAAGGUCAUGAUGAUAGUGAACAGGCCAAGAUGGCGUCUGAGUCAGAGCAAGAACCCGAUAAAGUUGAGGAAACAGGCAUUGAUGCAAAAGAAUCAGAAAUAUCACAGACAGAAAUAGAUGAGCCCUUAAAAGAACAAGAAAAUGAAGAAGAGGAGCAAGUAGAGGAGGAAGGAGAGAAGGUGAAUGACAGAGAGGAUGGAGAUCAAGAAGAGAUAGAUGAUGAUGGCGAAGCAACUGAAAUGGGAGAAAGGGAAGGAGAUGAAGAAGAGGGAGUAGAGGAAGAAGAGGGGGUAGUGACAGAAGAAAAAAUGGAUGACAAGGGACAGGAGGAAUGGGAAGCAGAAAACAUAAGUGAAGAAGAAACUCUUGAGAAAGUAGAGAAAGGGACGGAGGAAGUGAUGACAGUGGAUGAGGAAGAAGAGGGGGAGGAAUUAGAAGCAGAAGAGCAAGAAGUGGUUGAGGAGACAGCUGAGGGAUCAAUGGAUGAAGAAGAUCAAGAACCAAGAGAGAAUCAUAGUGUUGAAGAGACGGAUGAGAGAGAAGCUGUCGAUGAGACAGAGGAGGAAGAGAAAGGGGAUGAUGAGGUUGAUGAAGAGGCAGAUGAGGAAGAAAAGGGUGAGGAAUGGAGAACUGAGGUGAAGAAAGGGGAAGAGACUGAAGAAGCAGAUGAGGUUAUUGAGACUAAUGAAGGAGAGGAAGCCGAUAAUAUGAACAAAGACGUGGGGGAGGAAGAUAAAGAUGAUGCAGAUGCUUUUACUGAGGAUGCAGAAGAGGAAGCAGAGGAAGGAAUUGAGGAAAUGACAGAGGUUAUUGAGGAAAAAGAUGGGGAAGAGGAGGUAGAAAAAGUAAUUGAAGAGAUGGAGAUGGAGGAGGAGGAGGAGCAUGAGGAGGAGGAGGAAGAAAAAAAAGAAAACGAUGUGGUCACUGAGAAAGAUAUAGAUGAGGAGGUUAUUGAGGAAAAGGAUGGGGAGAAGGAGGUUGAAAAUAUAAUUGAAGAGAAGGAGGAGGAGGAGAAGGAGGAUAAGGAGGAGGAAGAAGAAGAAGAAGAAGAAGAAGAAGAAGAAGAAGAAGAAGAAGAAAAUGUGGUCACUGAGAAAGAUGAGGAGGUUAUUGAGGAAGAAGAGCUGGAAGGGCAGGGAAAAGAAACAGAUGCAGUUAUUGAGAAAGAUGUAGAAGACGAGGUUACUGGGGAGGAGGAAGAGGAAAUGGAGGUGGUUAUUGAGGAGGAUGAUGUAGAAGAUGUUGAAGAAAAAGAUGAGGAAGAGGAAAAAAAUGAGGUUAGUGAGGAGAACGAUGAGGAGGGAGAUGAGAGAGAACAAGAAGAGGAACAAGAGGACGUGGAGGAUCGUGAGGAUGUUGAGGUUAAAAAUAUAGAAGAAAGGGGGAUCACAGACGAGGAAGAGGAAGAAGACGAAACUGUCAAGAAUGUAGAAGAGGAGGAGUGUGAUGAGGGUGAAGGAAGCGGGGAAGAGUUGGAGAAAACAGGAACUAGUCUUGAGGAAGAAUCAGUAGUAGAGAACGAGGCUGUAGAGGAGAUGAAGUAUGGAGAAAACACAACAGCAGAGAAUACACUAGAUGAAGACGAGGAAGAAAAUGAGGAUGAGGGAGAGGAAGACAAUGAGCAGGAAUCAAAGGAUGAGGUAGAGGAAGAAAACAAUGAUGCAGACAGUAUUGCCAAUGAUACAGAUUGUAAAAAGCUACUAGAGGAGGCCUUGUAUUUGCAGCAGGAGAGUAGCUGUGAAGAGGAAGCAAAUAUAGACACUAAGGUAUCAGAACAUGACACUGAAUCACCAACCAAAUAUUCCUCCGAGGGUCAGUGUGAGGAUGAUAAAGGCAACGGAACAGACGCUGUUAACGAACUCGAAACAGACGAGGGUGGGGAACAUCACGAGGAAAGAGGCAGCGGUCUACCACAUCCAGUGGAAAUAUCACAAGAACUACUUGACUUUGUUAACUCUGCCCUACAGUCCUCGUCACUCGUAUUCACAUAUGACGCUCAGGGCAACAUUAGGAUAGAGCCAGACAAUGCUCGAGUUACGCAAACUAAACCAACGUUUAUUCCAAAAAGUAAAGAGGAUAGUUCGUAUGGCUUAAAGCGACUCCCAACCCCGAGCACCUCAGAUUUGUCUGAUUACAGGCCUGAAACAUCAGAGAGUGGUGGAUAUAAAAGUCAGGAGUCUGUGGAUAUUGUCACAGAGAGUGGAGAAGAGGCUUCCGAGAGACAUUUCCCAGUCUGCAGACGUGAGACUGAGAUCCCUAAUGGGACGUCUGUCGCAAGUAAUUCAGAAGCCUUGCAAAAUGCGCAAUUAAAAAGUGGAGGGAGUUUCUCUUCUACUGACUCAGGCGCUAAAGCCUCAAGGGAGGAUCUGUCUUAUUUCAGCGCUGCAAGCUCACAAAAGGCAGACGCCGAGCCUGCCACAGAGGCCACGCAGUGCAUUUCUUUCGCCUCAGACAAAGACUCAGCUGAUGGGGUUUUGAUCGACCAAGGUAGAUGGCUGCUCAAGGAGAAUCACCUCAUCAGAAAAUCUCCUCCAGUAUCCCAGGGAAUGUACGAUAAUGUAGAUAGCACAUCUAUAGAUACGGGUCAGGAGAACAACUGUGAGGAUUCCCCGGCUCAUUUUAAAACCCAGCAUAACCCUCUUGCAGCCAUAUCCUCAUCAGAGCUCGAGGAGAUGGCGAAGCCUCCAACUCCGAAGUGCACCUACUACAACAUGCCACAUGGAAGCGAUUCGGACCCCUUUAUGGAUGACUCCAGUUUCAAAAGUGGGAAAAAAGAUUCAAGCAGUAUCAAAGGGAGAGGUUUCAGGGUGUCACCUACAAUUGAUACUUCCAAAACAUGGGCAAGUAAAAAUGGCAGUCUGUCUUCAUUUGCAUCAGUUGAGUUUAAAAUACAAGACAGAAAGGUGCAUCCUGAAGGGGAGUCCUCAGCUGUGACACAGCCGAGGAGGACAUCUAGUGGAGGAGGGGGUGUACUGCAAUCACAAGACUCUCUGGACACACUACAUGUGAGAUGUGGCCAAUACUGUCCCAUACUAUAAAACUAUAUGACAUUAUGUUUCACAGAAAUAUUCACACACACUGGCCGUGUGUGUUACUAGUCUCGGCUAUGAUCAUUUUAUUGUAACGCAGCUAGAGAUGUUUUUUCUUUGAACAAAAACUUUUCUUGUAGCCCCACCAGACCUACAGACACGUGUGGUGAUUGAAGAGAGUUGUGCCUCUUAUUUAUGUUGUAUAUAGGUAAAAAUGUCAGUUUACACACACUGACUUGAUUACUGUAUUUUGGCGGUUACUCAUGAGAUACAUCACAGAUUUAAAGUAACUACAAAAUCAAAAAUAUAAUAGAAUAUCAGCAAAUAAGAACAACUUUUUUUUUUUACUGAAUCAAUGCAUCUGACUGUACAUCGCUGUUUUAUCUAUAAAUGCAAGUACCACAAGUCAUCAAUUUCUUAUUUGAUAUAAUGCAACACAUCAGAGAAAUGACUGAAAGCAGAUCUUAUUGCUUGUUAUAAUUUGUUUGUUUUUGUAGUUUGUUUCUUUGGGUUCUUCCAGAAUGUGCAAUGCAUAUUCAGAGAUAAUUGCUUCCUAAGACAGCUGUGGAUACUAAUGUUCAGCUUGUUGUUCUGCAGCUCUUCUCUGUGGGUAAACAAAGGACUACUGUAUGUCAACUGAGAAGUGAGAACAGAUUUGUUCUGUGAAAACAAAAUUUCUAAAUUCAUUAUAAGGCAGCUUCUGACAAAAUGUUGUUUUUGGCUGUAUUCAUAAAAAGAAAAUUCAAUAAAACAUGUUUCAUUUUUUAA